AUGGCAGAAAACAUCAUGUUUCACCAAUCGCAAUUUAUGCCGAUUUACCCCGGCGCGUUCCCCUUAGCCUACGUUGAGGAGCAGCUGGACGUCGCGCUGGAAGUCGCCGACGUGAUCGAGGGAUUGCUAGAUCAGAUUGUUGAGUAUACGCCCAAGAAUGGAACCUUGGCCACCAAGAAGAGCGCCCUCGAGACCAUGAGGAAAAUAUUUGAGACGACUUGUCUCAGUGGAGGCCAUACUGCGCACGAGGUACGCAAAAACUGCUACGGCUGGGGCGGUAAACUGCUCGAGGUCCUCGACGUCUGCUCAGACGAUGAGCUGGACGCCCUCGUGGAUGAUGAAUUGCUGGACAAGUUUGACGGGGUCGUGGACCUCGCUAUGGACCUCGGCAUUCUCUAUGAACUUCAGGAAGGUCUUGAUAUCCUUGAGGGUAAUUAUGACACCGAUGAUGAGAUGAACGAGGACGACGAUGGCUACGACGAUUCUGAUGACUAUGAUGAUCAUGACGACGGCGACAACUGUAAAAAUCACGAUGAUCAUUACAGUGAUGACUACCACAGCAACACCAGCGAUGACGAGUAUGACGAGUAUGACGACGACAAAUAUUGA